AUGGGCUGUGGACCUUCCCAGCAAACGGAGGACCAGAGCCAGAGCCGCAUACCCUCUCCGCGGAAGGGCUGGGAAGAGGGAGCCAAGGCUGAUGUCAGAGCAACUUCUCCCAAAGAGAAUUGCAGUCACCAAACUGAAGCUGCAUGGCCCAAGGACACUGUAGACAACGCCAAAAGCCUGGACCAACAAGCACAGAUGGGAAGCUUGCCUGGGACUAUUCCAGAAAGUUCUCCAACUCCUAGUAAGACAAACAGGAGAAUAAAUUCAGACCCAGUGGCCAAUGGAUUGACCAACAAACCCCAACUCCUGGAGAGCUGGGAACGACCAAAGUCAUCAGACAUCUUGGAAGAGCUAAUUGUCCAAGGAAUCAUUCAGAGCCGGAGCAAAGUAUUUAGAAAUGGAGAGUCGUAUGAUGUCAUGGUGGACGCUACUGAAAAGCCACUGAGAAAGCCACCAGCCAGACUGAAAAAGCUUCAGGUGAAAAAGGAGGUGAAGGAUUUCACAAUCCAAGACAUAGAAGAAAAGAUGCAGGCAGCAGAGGAGCGCCGAAAGACAAAAAAGGAGGAAAUAAGAAAAAGGCUACGGAGUGACCGGCUUCUGCCCACAGCUAGCCCUUUAGAUGAAGCGGAACCACCGGGCAAGAUGGAGGUUCCAUUUACAAAAGGUCUUCCAACUGUGAGCGCCCCUGCUUUGGAGAAGUCUUAUACAGAGGAAGGAGAGCCACUGAGGAGGAAGAAGAGUGAAAGUGAUGUGGCCCAGAUGAACCGGAACUAUUCCUGUACAGGUUUGGAGCUUGUGGAGUCAGACAUGUAUUACAACCAAGAGGACAACAUAUUCUGA